GACAUGCGCAAUCAAUCAUUUCAUGGUAAACGUGCAUACUGUCAGCAAGAUGAAUAUGCUAAUUGAAAAGAAAUAAAUGUCAUUGAAGGCUUUAAAUUCUGAAGCACUACUUCUUCACAUGGACUUUUCUUAGCAUGGAAUGACAAUGAAGGUUUUUCAGAUACUCGUAUUGUUGGUCGUGUUGGCGGUCAAGUAUGGCAAAGCCAAUGUGGAACCUCUGGAAUACCUACCAACGGAACUCCAGGGCUACCUGGACGACUGCCAUUCUGUCGGAGAUCUCAGAAACCAGUCAGGUCAGAUGGUCUUUUGGAGAUCCAUGCAAAUGUAUAUAUCAAAGUUUGCUGUCAGUGUUUCAAAUGUGACCGUGCCGGAAAAGAAACUGUUUGAGUCAACUUUGUACCAGAUUAUUCGACCUUUAUUAGAACCCCCUGAUAGACGAAAACGACAGGUGACAGGGACUAGAAUUAGACGGGAAGUUCGUGUCUUAACAUUUACUGAAAGGAGAAGGUACUUCGCUGCCGUUAAUGCCAUGAAGUUUGAUAGGAGAUUAAAUCCAAGUGUGUAUGACUUUCUGGCGAGGCUACAUACAGGGUCACAUGUCGGCAUGGCUCAUAUGGGUCCGGCGUUUCCAUCUUGGCAUCGACUGUACCUCUACAUAUUCGAAUCCAUUUUGCGGCUAUGGUAUGAUUCUACUGUCACAGUUCCUUUCUGGGCAUCAGUCUUUGACAAUGAAAUGCUUGACCCCACUCGGUCAGUUCUUUUCAGUAAUGAGUUCUUCGGCAACGGGUAUGGUAUUGUGCAAACAGGGCCUUUCGGAAACUGGACCGGUCCACCAAUCAGAAGAAAUAUUGGAGGCACUCGACUUAUGUCAAACACUGUAGUAGAGAGAAUAUUAAGUCGAAGAAGGAAUUCCGAAAUACUUGCACCAACUGCCCUUCCUGCUUUCGACUUAGAAGCUGAACACGGUUUUCCCCAUGUCUACGUUGGGGGAAACAUGAAUAAUCUUAAUAAUGCUCCAUUUGAUCCCCUGUUCUUUAGCCAUCAUGCAUACAUAGACUACAUAUGGGAACUGUUUAGAAAACAACAACGCGAACAAAUUCCUCCAAUAAACCCAGAAACUGACUAUCCUUUCGAUGUAAAUGAUCCCCGUUUCCGUCCAUCUCACAAUCCAAAUGCUAAUGCAGGAUUUGUAUCAGUCGACACCGUCGCAGUUCUUGGCAUACAGUUAGCUGCUCUCACACAACGGGUAGGGUAUAGCAACGCGUUUUUCAAUCUGGUGCAGUAUAUAGACGCACCUGUAUGUCCAAACUGUGACAACUCUCCUUUUCUGUACUGCGAACCUAGCAUAGCUCGAUGUGUUUCAAGAGAUGUCGACGCAAUAAUAGGAUUAUCUGGCAAUAACACCGCUCAAACGACAACGCAGUUGCCUACAGCAAUCCCUCAAACUACUGAAGUUAACACACAGGCGACACAACAGACGGCAACAGGGAGUGCAGCGACUACUAACCCUAGCGUCACAUCAACCCUGUACCCACAAACUAACACCGGGGGUAAUUUUACCGAAGGAAUGACGGCGACAGAGAGUGCAGCGACUACUAACCCUAGCGUCACAUCAACCCCGUACCCACAAACUAACACCGGGGGUAAUUUUACCGAAGGAAUGACGGCGACAGAGAGUGCAGUGACUACUAACCCUAGCGUCACAUCAAACCCGUACACAAAACUAAACAGUUGGAGAAGUUAUACCCAGGUAACGAUUGAUACAGCGACUACAACCCCUGGCGUCACAUCAAUCCCGUACCCACAAACGAACAUAGGGGGUAGUUGCAAGAGACAGCCAUUUAUACAUGACGUUGAUACUAAACAGAUGGGACGUUCGAAUGACUGGGCCUAUAUUCCGGUGAAUGUUGUCUCAAAGAGACCACCUUCUAUGACAGGCUAUAUGGAGUAUUCGCUGUACAAGACACAAACCAAAUGGACAAAUCAAACCACUCUCGGGUAUAAAUAUGAAUUUAUACAAGCAGGCCAGCAGUACCAGUACGAAGGAUGUAGCAAGAGGCAAGAUGUUGUGGGUAAAAUUGACGUCAUUUCCUGGGGUCUUAAUUAUGACGGAUAUGCGCAAGAAUAUGUAAUUGUCGACAACAGAUAUGGUGUGUCGCAGGCUAAUGGGUAUUUGCCCGUUAAAAGGCCGUCUGCUAACAAUCCUUCAGAAUUUAUAACCGUCGCGUACGAUUCUUGUGGAAGGGUAUGCAAACCCUAUAGCAAUGAUAAGAAUAACGGUAAUAUCAAUGGUCAUUUUGGCGGUGGUUUCAGAGUAUCUAUUGACAGUCCUAAGCAGUACUCAAAUUCCUAUGAAGAGGCGAUGCUAGGAAUGUGGGAGGUUACCUCACCCUCUUUCAGCCCAGUCAUAGAUUACGGAUAUAUACCAAUAACAUUCUACUGCGGAUACACUGAGGAAUGGAUAUGGGACAAACCGCCAUCGCAAACACAGCCACCGCAAACGAAAACACAACCACCGCAAACGAAAACACAACCACCGCAAACACAACCACCACCAACACCACCAGCUUUCUACUACCAGACUCCUACAAAUGAUAGACCCGUGGUUGUAGUUCCGAAACAGCAAGCGUCUAAUGGAGGCUCUACGAGACAAUCAUGUGUUGUGGCAACGGACUGCACUAUAGAUGUACCCUGUAGGAAUUGUGCGGACUUUGACUAUGAAUAUUGCAGAGGCCAGAAGAAGAUAGCAGUAUGCAUCUACGGACAAUUUUCCGUGACGGCUACAACUAACGCGCAUUUAAAACACUUCUAUAGCACUUAUUGAAGCAUGUUUUAAAGAAAUGGUUACAGGUUCUUGUAACAAUAUUAAAUUUCAAGUACA